UUCAAGCGCGAAAUUAGGAAUAAAACUCAGUUCUGACGGAACAAUGGAAAUAAUCAAGGCGAAUAAACCAAAGCUCAUCAGGUGGUUACGCGGGGACGAGUUAAUUUUGCAGCAUGUCCAGUCCAGGAAUCUAAUUACUGCGAAUGAGUACGAUAUGGUGAACAGUAUCCCAGAUCCUAGUCAGAAAACUACAAAAAUCUUGGAUCUGAUGUUGGGAAAAGGUGACGGGAUUUGUCGGGCCUUCCUGGAAAUGUUAAAAGAUGAUGAUGUGAAUGAAUCCAGCCCAGAGCUCAAGAAAUGGAUAGCUACAGUAGAUACCUCCUCAUCCGCCCACUCAUCCGCCUGCUCCUCCUCAGUGGCAGUUCCAAACAACACUGGCCAAAGCACAAGUACUACAGUGAAUAUCCAAGCACAUGGUGGCAGCAACGUUAAUGCUCCUGUAAUGUGUAGCAACAACAUAAAAACCCUCAACACCAAUAUAAAUAUGAAUCCAACUUCCCAAACAUCGCUGGAUGACAAACUGAUUAGUGACAGCGAAGAGUUUUUGAGAAAGAACCAAUAUAACCUCGUUCAGAGAGUAAAAAAUGUGGCCGAAAUCGUCGAUCAGCUCAACUUCAGGAGAGAGAUGAUGGCAAACGUGCAGGCCGAGCCAACAGACCAAAAGAAAAUGAGAAACGUUUUGGAGUACACCAACAGCAGGACCGCUAGUGAUCUUCUGAUCGAGGUCUUGAUGAAACAUGAUCCUGAUCUGAUGAAGGAACUGACCAGCACCUAACAACCUUAUUCAGAUAUUUUUAAACUGUAAAUGAUACACAGCUCUCGGGUAUGAACUGGUACAGAUAGAAAUGUAAAUCAUGUCAAAUGUCAAGUGCAUUAUUAUCACAUUAUUAUUAUCGGUGCUAAUAUGUAGAUCAGGUACAUGGUAAAAUUUUACAUGGUU